UUUUAUUUAUUUUAUUUAUUUAAAGAAUGCAUGAAACAGAAAAGGUGCAGCAGGAAGCAGCUCUGACAUCCAUCCAUCCUGCAGAAAAACACUUUAUUUUAGUUUAAGCUGCUGCGCGCAGAGAGGGAGAGGAGGGGGGCGCGCGUGCGAGGCUCCAUGACCCCCAUCAAUCUGCCACGAGCCGGACUGUGACAAUAGCAUUAUCAUACCAACACAGCCGCGGGUCUGAGCCAAUCAGAGCGCGGCGCUUUGACCGACGCGCACGAGCUGCGGGACAUAAAAGCAGCGGCUCCGCGGCGCAGGAACGAUCUGCUGCCUGGAGGACUUCUUCUCUGACGUGUCCCGGCCCAGGAUUCUCUGCACCAUGACUCUGGAGGAGGUUCUGACCCAGAAACCUGAGCGCGCUCAGUGCGCCGGAGAGGCCCUGCAGGACGUGCUGGUUUCAGCCAAAGACAACCAGUCCCUGACGGUGGGUGUGUACGAGUGCGCCAAACUCAUGAACCUAGACCCGGACAGCGUGUCCUUCUGCGUCCUGGCCGUGGACGAGGAGUUCGGCUGCGACGUGGCCCUGCAGAUCCACUUCACCCUCAUCCAGUCCUUCUGCUUCGACAACGACAUCAGCAUCGUGCGCGUGAGCGACGUGCAGCGUCUGACGGACAUCCUGGGCCAGGUGGAGGCGGAGCAGCUGGAGGACGCGCACUGCGUCCUCAUCACGAACCCGGCUGAUGGGCCCUGGGAGGACCCGGCUCUGGAGAAGCUGCACCUGUUCUGUGAGGAGAGCCGCCGCCUGAACGACUGGCUGCCGGAGGUCAGCCUGCCGGGGCGCUGAGCCUUCAUCCCCCGCUGGAGCUGCAGCUCCUCCUCAUCAUCAACCCUGGAUCCUCCUGAGGAGGGUUCCGGUCCAGGCAGCCCGGCGCCGGGCCCCGCAGGGGCCCCCACCGCCGUGAAGCUCGCCUCCUGACCCGUCCGCCCCCAGAUGGUCCCCCUUCUUUCUGUGAAGGGGGGCCGGGGGCGCGCAGGGGGCGACACGUCGACCCUCAUUCUUUGUGCGGAUGAGGUUUGGAGAGGGAGAAGAAGAAGCGCGCGCGCACCCCGCGAGGACAUGCGCGCGCGCGGACGCACGCGCAGCAGGAGAAGAAGCGGUGCUGAGGAAGAGGAGCUCAUGGAAAGAGACUUUUCACUGACGCCUCUUCAGGACGCAACACGACAACAGUUGCAGCUAAAAGUUUCCCACUUUCCAGAAGUGUCUUAAUUCUCUAAAGGUUUCACUUUAGAAAUGACAAAAAUAAAUGUUUUAUCUAAAGGUUUCACUUUAGAAAAUAAAUUAUUCUUUAGUUUGAACUCAUGUAAAAUUAGAAUUUUACAGAAUAAUUUAACAAAUUACAGGAAAAACGAAUAAAAAAGUUGAUUUUUUUUGGAGAAAAUUCAUAAAAAACUGUUUUUAUUUUAGGAAAAUAAACUUUUCUUUUAAGAAUUUGAUUAAAGUUGUGUAAAAAAAUCACUGACAGAAAAUAUUUGUGAAUAUUUUAGAGCAGAUUUUUGUAGAAACUGAAGUUUUUCAUGUAUCGUUUGUAGAAAAUGAAUAAAAAGUUGAGAGAUGA